UACGUCCAGCUGACGAUUGCAUCAGACACCAUCCGGUCACGACCGUCUGCAGUCAGUUAAAUCAAACAUGAACGCACACAUUUCGCGUGUACGCGUCUAUUAUGUAAUUAAAAAAUUUCAACGUUAAUUUCAGUUCAUUAUCAGUUCAGUUAUCAGAUGUAAUAGCGUGCAUUAAGGAAUUUACAGUGAGACAAACAAAGACAAAAGACAAAAACAGAGAGAGAUAAUUUUCGUCGUGUUGCUGCAGGAGUGUCCCGAAUGUUAGACGCAACUGAGCUUUAUCGCUCUUAGAGCGAGACAUCAAACGUAGCAGGCAACAUUUAUUAUAAAUAUUGCACGGGAAAAAUGGUGUACAUUAACGUCGCCGUUUGCCUGUCGGUUCUUCUGCUUGUGAUCGGAUUAUCCGUGGGUCUGAGCGUGAACACCUUUAAAGGGCGAGAUGCUCUUGACUCGGCGCCUCUUAUCGAUGGCCACAACGAUUUACCGUACAAUCUCUAUGGGAAGUUGAAUAAUCACUUAUCGGCCUUCCGUUUCGAAAGUGAUUUAAGCAACGAUGGCAUCUGGGGAAAAACCGCCUGUUCGUCGUGUUACACCGAUCUGCCACGUCUGACUAAGGGAAAAGUGGGUGGACAGUUCUGGGUGGCGUACGUGGAUUGCUCGUCGCAAUACAAGGAUUCCCUACAGCUGACAUUGCGGCAGAUCGACGUGAUCCGGAGAUUCAUUCGGCGAUAUCCGAAUAAUCUGAAAUUCGUCACCGCCGCGGGGGAUAUUGAGCCGACAUGGAGGAGCGGCAAAAUAGCGUCCAUGAUAGGUGUCGAAGGUGGUCACUCCCUCGACUCGAGCCUGGCGGUUCUGAGGCUCUACUAUGACCUCGGGGUUCGUUACGUUACCCUGACUCACACCUGCAACACACCGUGGGCCGAUGCGUCAACCGUGGAUGAUGGAUAUGUAUACAAUUUGACGGAAUUCGGGCAGGCGAUGGUUUACGAAAUGAACCGAAUUGGAAUGAUGGUCGAUCUGUCUCACGUCUCUCACAACGUCAUGCGGGAAGUGCUCGCAAUAACAAGGGCUCCCGUCAUAUUCUCGCAUUCGUCCGCUUUCAGCAUAUGCAACCACUACAGAAACGUUCCCGAUGAUGUCCUGCACUUAGUCAAAAAGAACAACGGUGUCGUUAUGGUAAACUUCUACAGCGACUUUGUGAACUGCAAUUCUUCAAGGAACGCAACGAUGGAGGAUGUCAUAAAACAUAUAAAUCAUAUACGAAAUCUUAUCGGACCGGACCACGUUGGUAUCGGCGGAGAUUACGACGGUGUAAGCUCAAUGCCAGUGGGAUUGGAAGAUGUCUCCAAGUAUCCCGAUUUGUUCGAUCGUUUGUAUGAAAGUCGUGCGGGAGAGCCAAGGUGGACCAAGGAGGAUUUGGAAAAAUUGGCUGGAAAGAAUCUUAUUCGAGUUUUCCAAACUGUGGAAGCGGUGGGUGCAAAAAAUUAUAAAAACAUAUAAUC